UCACGUGGUUAUGCUAUGACCUCCAGCUCCUCUUUAGACCUCGACUUUGUUGGUGAUAUCUGCCUACUAUUCGCGACAUCUGCCUAUUGGUGUCAUCCAGCUCCCACAGCACGACUUUUACUUAGGUUGUAGCUUUAGAAGAGUGCGACCUAACUGUAUGCUUGAUCUUGUUCGAUUCUAUCCUAUGACACGAUGCACCGUCGGCGAUAAUAUUUAAUCCAUCAUGGUGGCGUGGGAAUUAUUAUGGCACUAGCAUUAUCUACGAACGGGGCAUCGGCCCUGGUUUCUGCCACACCAACUCCUCUUGCCCACCUCUCUCCGUCUCUCGACCGUCUUAAGGAACGACAUAUCCGUGCUGUUGUGAUACUGCUAUGGCCGUAUUCAUCCUACACGAAGCAAUUUAGCCUGCUCAUUUCUGAGCCAGAUUUUAGACUCAGAGACAGAAAGGGCCAGGUCAGAGUCAGCUUCCACGGUGCGAGUGCAGAAGCAGUGGCAAAGUCACAAGUUAGUAUUGGGGAUACUGUGGUUUUGAGUCUUGACGGCGCGCGGUGGCAGAAUCAGGACGCAGAUAUUAGUACACCGGGAAAAAGCAUUGAUUGGGAUCUCUCAUUUUCUAAGCGUCUGCUGCUUGAGGUAUAUCGCGAUUCCGAGCUGUUGACAACUGUCAAAGUUGAACCUCCUCAGGUCGAACGUCUAUGUAUCGAUGGCACAGUACCAACGACUCCCAACCGAUUAUCCUCGGCCCCACAGGCGCAAAGGAACGGAGAACAUGCUGGCCUAGUUACAGACAAUUGGGCUUCACCUGCAUUCUCGCAAAAGUUCAGCGGCUCCUUUGGCUCCCUCUCCAGCUUAGCGUUCAAUCCCCUUGAGGAAGAAGAUGGGUACAUCUGGGGUAGGGGCAGGAAACGGACAAAAUUCAGUAGACCGAGUAGUGAAUGGACUUUCGUGGAUACACCGCCUAGUCCACCGCCAGCUGCUGCGGAUGCAUGGGAAGAUGAAGACCUUGAAUUGGACGACGGGGAACAAGAAGAUGUUACACUGGAAGAAUAUCCCUCCCAAGGCGACACCGUUCCUAAUUCCCAAACAACCGUUCACGCAGAUUCUAAAAGCCAAGACAACGGGAGAUUACUGGAAACUCAAACUAUAGACAACUUUACUCCACCCACCGCAUUAAAUAUUUCGAGUACAUUCAGUACCACUUUUGACCAUUCUCUGCCCGACGGCUCUGCUCACAUAUUUACCCAGAACUCGAACUGGGAUACUACGCAUUCACAGCAACCGACCGUCACACCUUUCACUUCGUUUGGGAACUCGUUUGUGCAAGACCAACCAAUAGUUGACCAUGAAGCUACUGCUAAACCCCCGCCCCUAACAUUAUCUCCCCUAACUUCGGCCACCUCUUCUCCUGAAAUUUUAGAAGGUACAAGUCAUGAGGCCACGCCAUCUAGCAGCCCUAUAUCGACCCAGCUUCAUGUACAUGAUACUACCGCUUCCCAAUUGGUUACAACACAACAUGGCAUAGCGGGUCAAACCAGCGAGGAAGUGGGAUCUCAAGAUGAGGCUAUGGUAAAUGGGCCGGAAGGCGUGCAUCACCUGCUUGACCAUCGUGCCGAUAAUAACGCUAGACCCUCACCUCCAACGCCAGUCGUUGAUCUUGAUAGCCAAGGGAGCUUUGAUCAGGAAGCCACAGAGCCUGAUCAUGUGGCGCGCGUGACUAGUGUGGAGGAACGCGAGGCAGAUUUGACGGAGUUAGAGGAAGCAGAACGGCAAGCUGCCCUGGCAAUGUCACAGGGCCUAUCCGGACAGGGAUACGAUGUAGACCAGGAGAUGACUGAUCAGGAUGGUGAAGGCGAAGAAGAAAUUGAGGAAUAUGUGGAAGGAACUGCGCGAGAGCCACUUGAAGAAGGUCGUGAGGAACUUAUGGAGGAAAAAUUUGAAAAAAUAUUCGAACAGAGAGUAAGCCGGAAACCGACUGAAGAUUUGGAGGAAGAGUUGGUGGAGUUGCAGGAAGAACUGGAAGAACGAAUGGAGGAAGAGAGGUUGGGAGAGGGAGAGCACGAAGAAGGAGAGGAGGAGGGAGAGGACAUAGAAAUAUACUCCGACGAUGAAAUAGGACAUAGCGUCUCUGAAAACUCAUCUGAACUCGAAUCUGAAGAGGAAUAUGAUGAAGGUUCAGAGCUAGAGUCGGAGCUAGGGCCAGACGAAGACACGUUACCACCGAGACCGACUUAUCUCGCUGUCCCCCGUGCUCCGCCAGAAAUAAUCGUUUUGGACAGUGAUGACGACGAGGGCGCCCCUGUUGUGACCUUUGCUCCGCAACACGUGGAAAUUCCUAGCUCUGAUGUGCCACGGCAGCCAAGUGAUACUGAACUGUCCAACUCGCCACCACAAGACUUAACCACUAUUAGCUUCAAACCUCAUGGUGAAUUUGGUGCGGAUACGCGUCAAGAAACUGGAGAAUCUACGGCUGUUACAAACUUACUCGGUGGGGAUAUUGUUCCCCCAAAUCUUGAGCCUAGCGCUAGCUUCGAUGAGACUCCCCAGCAAGAAACGAUAGGCUAUAUGGCGCAAGCAGCGCUUCAUAUCGAAGCGGAACCUGCCGCGACCGAUCACGAGGGCGAAGAUACUAGCGAGAAAUCGGGAGACUUGAAUGGAUUCCGCCAUGCAAGCCCUUCUUUCUCGUCAGGUUCCAUGUCUGAUAGGGAACUGGAAGCUAAGCUCCAUUUGUCCGAUAAUAUCGCUAUUGAUCCUCAACUAUAUCAACCUAAGAAACAGAAAAGCCCAAGCACGCGUCCCAAGACUCCAGGUAGCGUAGAUCACGGACCAUCGCAUGAGGGAGCGUUUGAUAUCAACGGUUGGAAAGAACGCAGAGUUUCGUUGUCACCAGAUGCGAAAGAUCCGUCUGAAACACGGAUAGAAACCCCCAAAUCUGCUGAUAUUCCUUCCUCGCCGCCGUCGUUAGAAGCUCGCUUAGCAGAAGAUGAACUGGUUACUUCUCAACUUUUCCGUGAUAUGGAGGAGCAAUCGCGCAGAGAGAACCUCCAAACGCCCGAGUUCGUUGAUGAGCAGCCCCUACCCAUUCCCCAGCCUCCUAAGAAUGAAGAAGCAGAAAACGCUAGCGUCGAUGUUGCCGUUAAGGCGGAUAUCGAUAUGCGAAAGGGGAAGUCCGUGGACCAUGCCGAUGCCAUAAAAACCGCUGAGCUCGAGUCACCUACCGUAUUGCAACCAAAUACCAAUGCCAGAGGCCUUCGUAGCCGCCUGUCAUAUUUCUUUCCUUUGUCCACCCUUGCGGAUAAUUUCAACAAGAUGACAGAUACUAUAUCCGUGGUUAUCUCAUGUUCAAAAAUCUCACGAUCGAGGAAAGGUCCCCGGGAAUAUCAUACAACACUGCAUAUCACAGAACCUUCCAUGUCCGGCAUAACUGUGUGUGCUCAAAUGUUCCGAAAAACAAAAUCAUCGCUCCCCACUGCAGAAAAGGGAGACGUGAUCCUUCUCCGCGACUUCAAAGUUCAAAGCAUGGACCACAAAAUGAUGCUAAUCAGUAUGACGACUAGCUCGUGGGCUGUAUUCCCCGGGGGAAACGAUACUGACGUCCAGAUGAAUGGGCCUCCCGUUGAAUUUGGCAUCGAGGAGCAAGAGUACGUCGCCUCUCUCCGGCAAUGGUAUGAGGAGGAGGGGGAGCAGCUCGCGAAGAAACACGAAUACUUGGCACUGGCACGCGGCAGCACCGAAACAAGCAGCUCCAUCUCCACUUCAACUAGUGGCAGCCCCAGCAGUAGCAGGGGUAACAUUUUCAAGAAAUAUGCGCGACCGAAGAGGUCCAGACAUCGCCAGAUUACCAUUCAUGAAUUGCGGGACGGGCGGCGGUAUGCAGAGGUUGGCGUGUCUGCGGAUAAGGAGACGAUACAUGAACUAAGGGAUGGGACUGUUUAUGCCAAUUUGUCAUAAACCUUUAAUAUUCUUUUCCGUAUUAUAAUUUUUUAUUUUUAUUGUUUUGGGAGCUUAUAUCCCCUUUUUUUUGGCGUGGAACUGGGCUUUCUUGGGCACCUUUGACAGGAUAUUUCAUUAUUUUGCAUAGUAUUGGAGCUAGCGAUUGUUUUACAACUGGACUUUGGAAUGAAUCUUUAUUUUUCGCAGCUGUUUACGUACAAAAUUUGCUCUUUGAUGGCUUUUUUUCAAGGUCACAUGACAUCUGUUCCCAAAGCGGCUACUCUAUCCUCCGGCUACUUCAAAGCCCAAUAAAUUUUCCUCUUUUUCUCUUUCUCUUUCUCUUUCCUUUUCUUUUUUUCUUCUUCAACAGCUAGACCACCAACUCAAAUCAUCACCAGUUAGCAACUCUUAUGACCUUUCUGAGGUUUUUUUCUUCCACUGCUCUGGCGAUUCCGAUGAGUGUGUCGAGAUCGAUAAAAAUCCCACUUCUAAAACCAUCAUCACGAGGGCUCCGCGAGGAGCUGCCAUGAUGCGGUGAUGACCUGACAGAUGGGACAAUUUUUGUGUUGAAGAGUUUGUUUUUACUAUGCCUCAUCUUUGAAAGUGAAUUGAUAGGCCGGAUGGCCUGCGUCGCGGCAGGACAAGUGUAGGGAAGCUAGAAAUUGCUGACCGUGAGUUUUUUUCCCCUUUGCAUUUCUUCCCUUCUCACCCCCUCCAAAGCAUGCGCGGCUUGGACCUGCGUCCAGGAAUGAAGAUACUUGACAGCUCUGGUAAUCCGAAGUGCUCAACCGCGCAACUACACUCGGGCAACACUGUAUGUUAUAAUCCCGAGCCGCUGGUUGAGCUUGAGGCAACACGGCAAAGUCUGACAAAGUGUUGGAGAAUACGAUCACUAUGGAAUUUAGCAAUCUCGUGAUGGGAGGAGGGGACAUCCUCUUGGGUUAUGGCAAAGGCUAAUAGUUUCUCGGUAGUGGCUAGAAUUUUGCUUGUGCUUCUUUCUAUAGUACAGUCGUACGUUUGCGAUAUUUCCAUUGAAGCCCACGAGUAGAAAAUAUAGUUGCAUUCUCUCAGGUCAUAUCGAACCACCAAUUCUACAAAUUCCCAGUGUCAGAGCUGGAUGGAUAGAAGCUUCGCGCUGAUAAAUACAAUUAUAACUGUAGCUUACGGAGUAUAUUCAAACAUAGAUACGACUUUUUAAGAAAUCAACAUUUCAAUCUGAUUAUCUCUUCCAC